AUGUCUAGAAAUAUCGACAUGUCUACAUUUUCUGUUAGUACAGCUCCAGAAUGGGAUGCAGAAUUCAAGUCAUCAGUCGUGUAUUCAUCAAUAACAAAAGGAUUAUUCAAAAAUAUGACAAUUACUUUAAAGAAUGGUGCAGAAUUAACAGUUAGAAAAUUGUUGAAUAAAGGAGAAAAAAAAGUAAUGUUUUUGUUAGAUGAGGCAAUUCUUACAUUAGAAGAGAUAAUUGAUGAAAAUAAUUGUGAAGCUUUAAAAGUAAACAUAUCUUCACGUUUUAAAAAUACAAAAGUUUUUUUUAAUUUUAAAGCAACAUUAAAAGCUUUUGGUGACUCUUCUGCUACAGAAAAAAAAUUUGAUUGUCAAUUUGGAGUUGGAGAUAUAGAUGAAAAUAGUGUACCAUAUCUUUUUUACAUAUCACCUAAAACAGUCACUUAUAUUUCAUCUAAUGAAAAUGGAGAAAAUGUAACUACAAUUACCAAGUCAAUGGGAUUGUUUUCAAAGUUAGGUAUAAAAUUAGUUGAUGGAGAAGAUAUCUAUUGUAUGGAACCAUUUGAUACUCCUGAUACUGAAAUUGUAUUUAAAUUAUGUCAAGCAAAUAUAGUGUUGAAUCUUAAAAAAGAUCAAAAUAAUUUAGAAUGUUUGGAGAUGAAUGUUGUUCCAAAAUCACCAAAUAUUGAAUUAUUGUAUAAAAUUCAGAUAAACUUACAAUCCUACAACUACGAUGAUUCUUUUUCAAAAGAUUAUACAUGUAUAUUUGAUUUAGGAACACGUAUUUUUCCUCAUCCAAUUUUUUUUGGAAGUGAAUUAGAAAAAAAAUUUAUUCAAUUGAAUAUUGAUGUUAUUCAUAAAAAAAUUGAUCAUCUACCAUUAUACAAUGAUGGAGAUUUGCAGUUAAUAUUUGAUAAUGGAGAUAUUCUUUACACAAAUAAACAUAUUUUGUAUCAGGAAUCACCAUAUUUUGCAGAAUUAUUAAAAGAUCAAUUAAAAAAUUCACAACCAAUUGUUAUUAAUAUUCCUAAUUUAUCAAGUGAUAGUUUUAAAGAAUUGUUAAAUCAUGUUUAUAUGAAUAAUCGAUCUGCUUCUAUACAUUUUUCAGAUGUUACUAAAACUGCAAUUCAAUUUAAUUUUCCUUCUAUUCUCCAUAAAUUAGCAAUUUAUUUAAUAAUGGAUGAACAAUUUCCAUGGUUAGAUAAAAUAAAAAACGCAAUUAGGUUAAAUUUAUUUAAUGCUGUUGUACUUUUAUCACUUCAAGCUUCUAGAAAUGGCACAUGGGAACAUAUAUUGGCCUCGGGCAUCGACCCAAUUACAGAAUUUGGUUAUGAUGUAUAUGAACAAUACAUUAAACCACAAAUACUAAGAGGAAAAGAAGAAUUAAUAAAAGAAAAUUUUUUUUAA